CCCUCUUACUGUCUCUGCUCAUUCCCCUGUUUUUCCUCUGUUUAUAUCUGCAUUUGUUUGAUUUUUUCUAUCAAACAAAUUUCUUUUCUUUCUUUCCCCUCCUAUUUAUUCCUUAUUCUGAAUGCUCCCUAUUCAUUUCUUUGGAGAAAAUGGGCCAACGAAAAAAGGGUCGCUUCGGAAUAUCGAAUUAAACUUAGUUUUUCAUGUGCUGGUGUCUUGAUUUGCAUGUAAAUAUUUAUUUCUCACAUUUCAGAUUUUUUGCAGUGUUUCUUCCUCUUUUAGUUCAUGAUGUGUAGCUCCUUGCUUGAUUGAUGAUAUCAAGCUGAAGAAGGAAAACUGAUAACCAAUUUUUUUGAAACGAAAUAUAUGUUUAUUCAUUUGAGUUUUGCUCCUUCCUUUAUGAAUAUUUUCUCUUAUUAAUACCACAAGUGGAAACAACUGUAGUUGGAUUCAUACGCUGGAUCUGAAAAAGUAUGAAAAAAGGAAAGGAAAAAUAAAAGGGCAUAAAAGGGAAGUAUUUUCUAUGUGAUAGUUCCGUCUUGUAUAAUCUUUCUUCCUGUUGUUUCAAGUUUACAGUGUGAACUGUGAGUGCGGUUUGUCCUUUUGCGCCGCACUGAGGAGGGAGAUUAAAGAGAAAAGCCCUUUUAUUCGCUUUUCUUUUUUAUAGUAAGGAAAAAGGGUAAAUGAAAGGGGUUUGUUAAUGCUCAACUUAAUCAUUUCCUCAUGGUAUUUGUCGGGCACUGAAUAUGGUUCUAGAAAGGAUGAUCUUGUUCAGUCUUCUGCCAUGUCAGAGUAUGAUUUGGCAGCAGAGGGAGAUCUGUUCAAAGCUCCUGAACCCAUUAUUGAAGAGCCAAUGAUGGACCUAGAUCCCAUGACAGUGGCCAUUUCGAUGAUAUCUUGUGGGGAAGAUGUCUCCCCACAGGGACUAAAAUCCACAGAUAUUGAUAUUCUUCAAACUGAUCAGUUUCUGAGCGAGGUGUUUUAUGAAUGCAGAAAGGAUCUCUUAGAAAAGGCAGCAAUAGAGUCACCACUCUCUGAGAUUCUGGAAAUCAAGGUUCCUUUUCUGAACAUUGAUGAGAACUCAAUUCAAGAGAACAAGCCACUUCCUGACAUGCAAUUAGCAAAGAGUGUCAGCUCAGGAAGUUUGAGCUCAAUGGAAUGGAUACGUGGAGCUGCAAUUAAGCCUGCUUUCAUUGAUAUCCCUGCAAUAGAUUUUGAUGCAGUUUAUGGCAUGCGGAGAUCAUUUAGUGAAGGAGAUAUAAAGACUCUUGGUAAUGGUAACAUGAACAUCGUCCAGUCACCUCAUGAGAGGCCCUUUCUUAUCAGCAACUGCACCAGUGAGGAACGCUUCCAAAAGCUCUCCAGAUACAGGAAUAAGAGGACAAAGAGGAAUUUUGGGAGGAAAAUCAAGUAUGCUUGCAGGAAGGCUCUUGCUGACAGUCAACCAAGAAUCCGUGGAAGAUUUGCAAGGACUGAAGAGUGUGAGUCGAAGAGGGAAUGAAUGACUUGUGACUGAGUUAGUAGGAAGAAAGUAGCUAUAUCUGAUCAAGCUAUAUGGAAAAACUCAGCAGUAAUGUGUGAUUAGAAUUAUGGGAGUCUCUGUAUGUUUGAGCAGAUAUUUGCUGAAUAAACCAGACCCCAAACUUCUUAGCCUAGUUCAUCUCUUAUCUACUCUUCUAUUAAUCGUCUCUUUAAACGCAAAUAACCCUCCAGAUCUGUAAAUAGGUUUGUUCAAUAAAACAAAGAAAAAGAAAAGUUGUACUAUGUUCAUAUAUAUCAUGAAAUCGCAAGGUAACAUCAAUAAUUUCCUUCUCCGC